AUGCGGUCUCAGAUCCUAGAAACCAUUGCUGCUCUAGAUGCAGUUAAACCAGAGGCAUAUAGCGGCAGCGAAGUGGAGCGCUUACAAGUGCGCGCUGCAGCACGGCGACUGCUUGCCCGAGUGGAAACACCCUAUGAGCGCGCCUGGGGCUUCUGCUUUGAACACCCUGUUGUCUUUGCCGCUCUGCAAACAUGCAUUAACGUGGGUCUUUGGAAGUCCUGGACAAACGCUGGAGGGGGUGAGAAGUCGAUCCACGAGUUGGUAGAGCUCACCACCCCCACCGUUGAUACAAACCUGCUGCGUCGGCUCUUCCGCUUGCUAGCAGCCUUCAACGUAGUUGAGGAAACCGCAGAAGACACAUUCAAACCGACUGCGUUCUCAUACGCUAUCGGUGACGAGAGCACCAAGGUUCGUGCCUCGCUUCAAGCAGCAACACAUCAAUAUAUUGCGGCCGGCCAUAACUUGCCGGCCUAUCUGGCCAAGAUCUCUUAUAAGGACCUACGGACUCCCGCGUAUUUCGAAGCUUUCACUGGCCAUAUGGAGGCCUGGACAGCAUGGAAGACCCCAUGGACUAAGGUUUACGACACCACCACCCUGCUCGAAGGUGCCAAGCUGGACGAUGGCUCUCCAUUCGUGGUUGAUCUUGGUGGAAACACUGGGACGGACAUUUCCCACGUUCUUGCCAAGCAUCCAGACAUCCCUGCUGGAUCGCUCGUUUUGCAAGAUCUUCCCGAGGUGAUUGCCAAUGUUCGGCUCGAUGAGAAGAUCACAGCUAUGGCUCAUGACUUUUUCUUACCGCAGCCUGUGACAGGGAGCCGUGCUUACUUUCUGCACGCCGUUCUCCAUGACUGGCCGGACGACAAAGCGAAGCAACUGCUCGUGAACACCAGAAACGCAAUGGUAAAGGGCUACUCCAAGCUCCUCAUCUACGACAUCGUUCUUCCGCCGAUAGGAGCAAGCCUCAGCCAAACCACAAUGGACGUGGAGAUGAUGUCGUUGCUGUCAGCUUCCGAGCGGACGCAAGGCGCGUGGGAGAAGCUGUUAACCGAUGCUGGCUUCAAAAUUAUCAACUUUUGGCCUGAUCCUCAGGAGUAUGAGAUGAUUGUCGAAGCCGAGGUCGCAUAA